AACUAAUUACACCUCUUCCCCGUCUGCAUCUUUCUCUCUCCCUCUCCCUUUCCCUCUCUCUCGUCGUAGUUACUAUUGGCACGCGAAAAAUUCGGUCCCAAAUGGAGCGUUAGCGGCAGAGCAAUUCGGAGAGAGAUCUUGGCAUCAAUUUACUCCAAAAUUGUCAUUUGUUCAUCUCCUUUUUUUUUCCAAUUCGUUUCUCUUCUUUUCCUUUCUUUUUUUCAUUGAGAGGGGAGGGGAGAAAUGGGGUUCAUAUCGGGAGUCCUGAUGGGAAUGAUCGUCGGCGUCGCCCUCAUCGCCGGCUGGUCGCGCGCGAUGGCUCGCCGCGUCGCCAAGCGCAGCGCCUUGGCUGCAGAUGUCAAUGCACUUGCAUCUCUCGACCGCGAAGAUGUGAAGAAGAUAUGCGGAGAAAAUCUCCCAGAAUGGGUAUCAUUCCCAGAGUAUGAACAGGUUAAGUGGCUCAACAAACAAUUGAGCAAGCUUUGGCCCUUCGUUGAAGAGGCAGCAACUAUGGUCAUCAGGGAUUCUGUGGAGCCUAUCCUCGAUGAUUACAGGCCGCCAGGAAUAUCCUCGCUGAAGUUCAGCAAACUCUCCCUGGGGACUGUUCCUCCGAAAAUUGAAGGCAUUCGGAUUCAGAGCUUAAAGAGAGGGCAAAUUACGAUGGACAUGGACUUCCGUUGGGGCGGGGAUCCGAAUAUUAUCCUUGCAGUUGACACUCUAGUUGCUUCACUUCCCAUCCAGUUUAAGAACCUUCAGGUUUACACCAUCAUCCGCGUCGUCUUCCAAUUGUGCGAAGAGAUACCUUGCAUCUCUGCUGUUGUUGUUGCUCUUCUUGCAGAGCCAAAACCAAGGAUCGACUACAUAUUGAAGGCUGUCGGAGGAAGCCUGACAGCAAUGCCUGGUCUCUCAGACAUGAUCGACGACAUCGUGGCAUCUUUGAUCACCGACAUGCUCCAAUGGCCACACAGGAUCGUCGUCCCACUGGGCGGAGUCGACACCGACAUAAGUGACCUUGAGCUGAAGCCGCACGGGAAGCUGACGGUGACCGUGGUGCGCGCGGAGUCGCUCAAGAACAAGGAGCUGAUCGGCAAGUCCGACCCGUACGUGGUGCUGUUCAUCCGCCCAAUGUUCAAGGAGAAGACCAGCGUCAUCGACGACAACCUCAGCCCCGAGUGGAACGAGACGUUCUCGCUGAUCGCCGAGGACAAGGAGACGCAGCAUCUCAUUCUUCAGGUGUUCGACGAGGACAAGCUGAAGCAGGACAAGAGGCUGGGCAUAGCGAAGCUGCCUCUGAACGACCUGGAGAUGGAGGCCGUGCAGGAGAUCAACCUGCAGCUGCUGCCGUCGCUGGACACGACGAAGGUCAAGGACAGGAAGGACAGGGGCGUGCUCACCAUCAAGGUGCUGUACCACCCGUUCACCAAGGCGGAGGCGCUCGAGGCGCUGGAGCUGGAGAAGAAGGCCACGGAGGAGCGGCGGAGGACCAAGGAGGAGACGGCGGCCGUCAGCGGCGCCGCGGACGCGGCGAGCGGCGCGGCGUCCACGGUGACCCCCGCGGCCGGCGCGGGCGUCGCGGCGGGCGCCACCGUGGCCGCCGGCCCGGGCGUCACCGCCGCCGGCUCUGGCGUGGGGCUGGUCGGCACGGGCAUCGGCGCCGUCGGCAGCGGCAUCGGAGCGUUCGGCACCGGCCUCAGCAAGGCCGGCAAGUUCGUCGGUCGGACCGUCACCGGCCCGUUCAGCAGCGCCAGGCGCAGCGCCAGCAGCGUGCCCACCAUCGACGAAUAAAUUCACCGAAAUUAGCAGAUCUUAGUGCUUACAGUAGAUAAAAACUAGUUGAAUCAAUAACUAUAUUUGGCUUUGCAUGGAUGCUUGACAACGUACGUCGCCGUUCGGACGAGUUUAUAUUGUACUCCCUCUGUUUGAACUACAAUUGUAGCUAUAUUUUAGAACUACCGAGGUAGUGAUGUGUGUGUGUUUAUUUUUGUUUCCUUUUCGUUCAUAUUUUGUAUUGCUUAUGAAAAAUAGAGCAGACUUGAUGAGGUUUUAGACCUGUCUGAAUAAUAUUUUGCAUGGAAUAGUUCUAUGCAACUGUUAGUGAGCACCGAUCAUGUUAGGGGAAGAUCGUGUUUCAUUGAUUUGAGUGUUGAAGUUUUAGACCUGUCUGAAUAUUAUUUUGCAUGGAAUAGUUCUAUGCACCUGUUAGUGAGCACCGAUC